AUGCUUUAUUCCAAACUUUCAAAGACAUUGGUCACUGGUGCAUUAACAUUAGGUGCUACUGCAAAGCAUUGUGAUAAUGUUUUCAGAUCAAUUGAAUCUGUUAACUUAUAUGAAGGUGAAGGAUAUCCUAUGGAUUUUUAUCAAAUGAAAUUAAAUUGGAGAAUUGAUCAAGAUCAAGAAGUUCAUGUUGGUGAUACUUUCUCAUUGGACAUGCCUAAUGUUAUGGAAGUUAGAUUAACUGAAUCCGAUGGGUUUGGUAAUAGUUUUGAUAUUGUUACAGAUGAUAAAACACAUAUUGCUACAUGUGAUUUACAACAAGGUGCUGGUAGAACUUCAUCUUCAAAAAUUUCUUGUGAAUGUACCUCUGAUCUUUCAUCAAAAAGUUAUGUUGAAGGUAAUUCUAAUUUUGAUAUUGUUUUUGUUGGUGGUGGUCGUUAUGAUCAAACUGAAGAAGCUAAAUGUUGGUCAGUCGGUGAAAACAAAAUUACUUUCAACAAUAAUCUUUCAACUACUAUUGAUUUCAAAAAAGCUGACACUUAUAACACUGGUAUUUUUGCUCGUUAUUCCAUGCAAGAUGAUGUAUACUAUUAUUAUUUAUCCCCAGAAAAUGUUUGUCAAAAUUCAGGUAUUCAAGAAGGUAGUUUCACAUUUAAAACUGAAGUUGACUGGUCUGACUUUGGUGAAUUGAAAAAAGAUUUAACUGAAGUUUUCAUUGCUAAAGAAAUCAAUGAGUUUGGUUACCCAACUAGUGUUGAAGAAUUACCAGUCACUGAUUCAUCUUAUUCAUCAGAUGGUAAAUCUUAUACUGUCAAAUUCGGUGCUAUUGAAGCUGGUUCCCGUUUUGUUUUCUCUUCCUUUGCCAAAUAUAGAUUCAUGGACUCAGAAUAUAAUGCUUUUAAUGCUUUAGAAUGUUUAUGUGGUGAUAAUCAAUAUUCAAAAGAUAUCAAGACUACAAGAUUCAGAAUUGUUCCUGGUAACACUGGAAGUGGCGAUAUUUCAUCAACUUACACAACUACUACUACAUCUACAUGGACUGGAUCAGAAACUACUACAAGCUUUACUACUGGUGGUGAUACUGUCACUGAAAUUGUUGAAGUUCCAAGUUCCAAACAACAUUCAGUUAGCUCUUCCAUUUCUUUAUCUGAAAGCUGUUCUACUGAAACCACAACUGUCACCACACCUUGGACUGGUACUUUCACUAGUACAUUCACUGAAUCUGUUCCUUAUGGUGGUACUAUUGUCACUGUUGUUGUUGAAACCCCAGAAGCUUCCACUGAUUGCUCAACCACUGAAUCAGAAACUUCAGUUCCUCCAUUUGAAAGCUGCUCCACUGAAACCACAACUGUUACUACACCAUGGACUGGUACCUUUACUAGUACUUUCACUGAAUCAGUUCCUUACGGUGGUACUAUUGUUACUGUCGUUGUUGAAACACCAGAUAUCAAAACACCAAGUGCAUCAACUGAAUAUACUACAACCACCGAAACAUGGAGUGAAAGUUAUGCUACAACCACUACUGAAUCAUUAUCUUCAGGUGCUACUGUGAUCACUGUUGAUGUUGAAACCCCAGCUGUCUCAUCUCAAUCAUCUGGUUACUGGAAUGUUUCAACCCCAGUUGACUAUUCAUCAAGCUCAAGUGAAAUUAUUACAGAAUCAACACCAGUUGCAAGUUCUACAACUAUUGUUAUCACUACUACUGUUUCUGGUCACACUGUUACUACAACUACAGUUAUUCCAUGUUCAGAAACUGAUGUUCCAACAACUAAAUCUUCACAAGCUUCUUCCUCUUUGGUUCAUUCAACACCAGUUUCUUCAUUAACAUCUGGAACAGCUUCUCAUCCAGCUCCAAGCUCUACCACUAUUGUUUACACCACAACUGUUUCAGGCUCCACUGUUACUAUUACUGAAACUGUACCAUGCUCAACCACUGAAACAUCUUCUGUUGAAUCUUCAGAACUAUCAUCAGUUAUUAUUUCUACAUCAGGGUCAUCAUCUGCUCCACCUGCUAGUCAACCAGGUUCAUCAUCUGCUCCAUUUGCUAGUCAACCAGGCUCAUCAUCUGCUCCAUCUGCUAGUCAACCAGGCUCAUCAUCUUCUCCAUCUGGUACUCAACCAGCUCCAAGCUCCACCACUGUUGUUUACACCACAAUUGUUUCAGGCUCAACUAUUACUACAACUGAAAUUGUUCCAUGUUCAUCCACUGAAACUUCUUUUGUUGAAUCUUCAAAAUCAUCAUCUGCUGUUAUUUCAACCUUAGAAUCAUCAUCAGCUCCAGCUGUUAGUCAUCCAGGUUCUUCAUCAGCUCCAGCUACUAGUCAUUUAGAAUCAUCAUCAUCUCCAUCUGCUAGUCACUCAGGUUCAGCUUCUGGUUCAUCAUCAGCGGUUUCAUCUGGUACUCAACCAGCACCAAGUUCCACCACUGUUGUUUACACUACAAUUGUUUCUGGCUCAACUGUUACUUUAACUGAAACUGUUCCAUGCUCAACCACUGAAGGUUCUUCUGCUACUACAACUUUAACCAGUGGCCACCAAUCAUCAGCUGUUCAAUCAUCAGAUUCCAAAACAACACCAGAUGCUUCUACUUUAAUUGAAUCACACAACUCAAAAGUUAGCUCAACUAUUUAUGGUUCUUCAUCAUCCACUGCUGUUGUUGGUUCAAGUACUGGUUCUGGUUCUUCUGCUGUUACUAAAUCAGUUGAUGUUACUAGUGUUUCUUCUGCUAAUACCAAAUCAACUGAUAUCGCCACUGGUUCUUCCGCUGUUACCAAACCAACUCAUGAUGCUAAAGAAUCUUCUGUUGUUUCAAAACCAACUGAUAAGGCUACUGAAUCUAGACAUUCAUCUAACCCACAAGCUACUACUGGUGGUGAAACUAAAGUUUAUUCUUCAAAUUCUGAAUCUGCUCCAGGUAAUCAAUCACCAACAGUUCAAACUCAAGCUACACCAUUGAUCACUUCAUCAUCUGCUGAUGUUCACACAACUGUUAUCAAAGCUAGUGGCUCAAUUGAAAGUGAUAGUACUUCAACUUACACUGAUGUUACCAUUGUGACUUGUCCAGCUAGCUCAGGUGUCUCAAAUUCAAAACCAGCUACUUCAUCAGUUGCUGCUGCUCAACAAUCUGGUAAUUCAACUAUCCCAGCUCCAGUUAUCUCAACUGCUCCAACUGCUUCAGUAUUUGAAGGUGCUGCUACAAGAUUAGGUGUUGCAGCUUCGGGUGUUGUUGUUUUCAUUUCAAUGUUAUUCUUAUGA